AUGGUCGAGAACUCAACGCGCGAGAACUGGUACCUCUUUACACCAGGUGCCACGGCGACCUGGGAAACGAAAGAUUUUAUUCACGAGGUGCUACUUGGAGGCAGCGUCGACCAAAUCUGGUGGUGGGAGAUGGAGAUUGCCAAGGAAGUGGUUGAAAGUAUGCUGGCACCUGGCGACCGCAAGCCCAAUUCGCAAACGUCUCUACCGACAUGUAACGCAUCUACUGGUGAACGAGCCAGAGGCAGCAAUCAUGUCGGGGCGUGA